AAAAAUAUUACUCAAUAAUUAAUUAUGCACAGUAACAUUAAAACAGAUAUUACAAAAUAAAGAGAGGGAUCGAGAAAGAGAACAAAAGAAAUCUAGUGCAUUGUUCGAAUCACGGUGGUCUGUAUGAAAAUAUUUCUACGAAAACCCAAUGAAGGUUAUCUGUUAAAAUUUUUAGACCACAGUUUCCUUAUCUGUGUCUCAUUCAUCAUCAAUUUUGAAUUCGUUGCAAUUUUAUUUCUACUAUUUGCGUCACCGUGCUUAAUUUUCAUACCUAAAACAUUUUCAUCAUCAAAAGCAGUGGGGCAGAGUUAUCACCAGGUCAAAGAAACGAGAACCAUAACCACCUGCUUUUCGUUUUUCCUUGUUUCUACCAAGCUUCAAGAACCCAUGAAAAUCGUAGAGGUUUUCAGUGUAAAACCAACUUCUGCAUCAGAAGAGUUGCCUACUCAAACAUCACUUCCCCUUACCUUCUUCGACAUACUAUGGUUAAGGUUACCACCUGUUCAACGCGUUUUCUUCUAUGAAUUUCUUCAUCCAACCGCACUCUUCUUCGAUACCCUUCUUCCCAAACUCAAACACUCUCUUGCUCUUGCACUUGGCUACUUCUUCCCUCUUGUUGGACACCUCACUUGGCCCAUUGAUUCCAACAAACCCAUAAUCAAGUACGACAAUGGUGACACUGUUUCCCUCACUGUUGCUGAAUCUGAUGCUGAUUUCAACCAUCUAGCUGGCACGGAUCUUUGUGAAGCUAAAGAAAUUCACCAUCUUUUACCUCACCUGACCAUAUCCCAUGAACAAGCUACGGUUGUGGCCUUUCAAGUCACUUUAUUUCCAAACACUGGAUUUUCCAUUGGAAUCACUUCACACCAUGCUGUUCUAGAUGGCCAAACUUCAACAUCGUUUGUCAAAUCAUGGGCUUAUCUUUGCAGAAACUUAGGAGAAUCAACCCCUUCUUUGCCACCUCAACUUUGUCCAUUCUAUGGAAGGGAAUUAAUAAAAGACCCCAAUGAAAUAGCUGCAAAAUAUGUCCGUGAUUGGUUAAAGAAUGGUGGACCCAACAACAGAAGCCUCAUGGCUUGGGAUCUGAAAGUUCCAGAAGACGCAACUAGAGGCGUAUUUCAAUUGUCACGUUCAGAUAUUGAAAAGCUCAAACAAUUUGUAGUGUCCAAGAAGAAAGGGAACAACAAAAUUCAAUUGUCAACGUAUUUGGUAACUGUUGCCUAUGCAUGGGUUUGCAGACUGAAAGCUGAGGAAGUGAAGGAGAAAAGAGUUAUGCUAGGUUUGAAUGUUGAUUGCAGGAGUCGUUUAGAUCCACCUCUUUCUGCAACAUAUUUUGGGAACUGUGUUGGAGAAAGAUUUCCAAGUGCUGAAACAAGUGAAUUGUUAGGGGAAGAUGGACUAAUUGUGGCUGUGGAAACACUGAGUGAGGCUUUGGAAACUCUGAAGGAUGGAGUGUUGAAUGGAGCAGAAAAUUGGUCUUCAAUGGUGCUUGAUGGUCUUACCAAUGAUGUGAAGAUAAUUGGCAUUGCUGGGUCACCCAGGUUUGAGGUUUAUAGUAGUGACUUUGGUUGGGGAAGACCAAAGAAGGUGGAGAUGGUGUCUAUUGAUAAAACUACAGCAUUUUGUCUUUCCGAUAGUCUAAAUGGUGAUGGGGUUGAGAUAGGUUUUGUGUCCAAGAAAGCAGCAAUAGAAUCCUUUGCUUCUAUUUUUGUCAAUGGCCUUGAAUUUUGAGUCCCUUUGGGUAAGAUCUAAUAGUGGCUUUACAUCAAUAAAACCUAGAGAAAAUUUAGGUACUCAAGUUAUCAUCCUAUGUUUUAAUUUUUAUUUUUUAUUUUUUUGUUAAAACUGCAGUUUUACUUUAGUAUUUAUUACUGACUUCUGCUGUCAAUCUUUGUUACACAAGUAAAAUUAUAGUUUUAAUUAAAAAAUAUUGAAAAGUUCUA